UACACAGCACUGUCAGUGUGGCAUUGUGAACUCAUCAACCAACAGUCAUCAUGGCUGGGAAUGUUCUUCUUGUGGGACUUCUGCUCUUCUGUGUGAUUGCAGACACAGAGGCAUACCCGAUAGAGACACCCUGUCCUGUCACACAUGAGCCAUUCAUCUGCGGCCAGAUUUACAAACCUGUGUGCGGUACUGAUCAAAAUACUUACUCCAGCAUGUGUACCCUCUGUCAGCACAACCAGUCAGCAAAGAUACCCGUUUGGAUUGCCCAUUAUGGAGAAUGCUUCAGUGCUCAGCAGAGCGGAAAGUGAAUAGGAACAGAUCGUGCAAAAGCUUGAUUAAGAAUAAAAAUGAUUCACAAAUCA